UGUUUUAAGCUCUUAUAAGUAAUCUUGCACGGCGUUCAAAAAUGUCUCUGUCGUAUAAUUUUUUUAGCAACAUUUCAAUAUGGCCGUUCCAGUUUCCCAAUUGCGAAACGUCAAAACCUACUGAUUCCAGUCAACUGUCAAAGAUUGGUAGGUUUUGACGUUUGUCCGUGCGCUCUCACUUCCAAUGAAAAUAGAGUUGGACAUCUCUUUAUCUCUGAAGUAACUCUAGUAAACCAUUUUGGAAUCAUUUUAAUAAAUUUUAUUCUAAAAAAUAAAUACAACUAUAUUACAAGAUGUUAAAGCUGAAAUUAGAAGCUCUAGAACAUCCGGCACCUGGUAGUGUGGAUAUUAAUGAUCGAAAGGUGUUUGCAAGUACUAUACUCUGGUUGGAAGACCAAAAAAUACGUCAAUAUAAAAUUGAAGAUCGUGAGGACCUUCGUAAAGUCGACCAGCUUGACAUAUGGGAGCAAGCGUACGAAAAUUACAAAUAUGAUCUUUGUAUGCCGCAAUUCGUUACACCGCAGGAAGAAAUUACUUGGCUUUUGGGUUACGCCAUUCGUUUGGAAUUCUUGGAUGCUCCUGAGAGUUAUAAAGCUAUUAAUUCUAUUGAAGUGAGUAAGCAGCAAAACAAAUCAAUUGCUCCUAGUAUAAAAGCUGAAAAUUUCUUCGACAAUAUGGACUUUAACCACAAAGAUUUCAAUGCCGGUGUGCGUUCAAUGGCUAAUAAACUGAAAGUACCGCAGCACCCAAACCAUCUUAUCCAACUAGAAGCAAUCGCUCGUAUAGUACAUGAAAGACUUUCGCCUUCCGCUAAGAAUCGACCGGUUAUAUCUGGAACACCUUUUCCUUUUGAAAAGGGCAAUGAUGUAGUGUCCGAUGAUACUGCCUUAGACUAUCCAGUUCGCAUUUUGCGACUAUUGCAAAUACAAAGUUUACGUCAGUUACAAACAAAAAUCAAUGAGACAAUUGUUGCUGUCCAAGAUUUGACUGCGAAUCCUAAAACAGAUACCAAGCUAGGGAAAGUGGGGCGAUAAAAAUUAAUUAUAUUUCUAUGGAGAUUAAAUCGGAGACAGAAAAUAUUUAUUAACUUCAAAAAUCUCCAAAUUAAAUUUAUUUUUAAUUAAUAUUGUAAACAUCUCAGUAUAUAAAUUCCAUUCUAAAUUAUUACAAUAAAUGAAUUAUGUAUGCCCUACAUA